AUGGAUAUUCCUAUCCGUGGCCAGAUGCCUGGCUUCAACACACCCUUACCAGAAAUCUGCGUACAAGACUCUCAUCAUCCCGAUCGAUACCCCGAUAGAUACUCAGAUGAACAUAGAUACCAUUCGACCACAUCUUCAGCAGCUGCUCCUGGUCCAAUGUCUAUACCCAAUGCUAGAGAGGCUCCUCCUCCUCCUUUACCACCACCGAGAUACAUUCCAGACAUUGCAGAUAAUGGGAGGGGAGAUCUUGGAUGGCAGUGGGCAAACCAGCACCGGGAGGUCAAUUGGGAAGGGCGUUUAUCAGCUGUGGCCCCUGGAUCAAGUUUGUACGGGAGCUAUAAUCGCAAGAGCAUUUCAGAUGACCGACCAGAUGUUGCACGCAGAGGGAGCUCAAACGCCACUAUUACUGCACACACAUCGAAAGACGCAAGCAACCAUUUGAGUGCGUUGCCGAAAGAUGAGGGAUAUGCAAGCCUUUCUGCUUCCAAUGCAAGCAUUGGCUCGACACAAUCGAAAACAUCAAUUGGCUUUCAAAGUUCGGUCCACGAUGCAUUUCAAACUAGUGCUCAAGCAUACGACCAGUCAUUGUUACAGAAGUUGGGUGGGAGAGGAGAUAAUUUUACACAAUCAAGACCUUUCGCAAAAUCUACGUUUAGCUCAUCUGUAAACGAUGUAUCGCCAACAUCUCGAAUAGCGCGGGAACAUGGCCAUCCUGCUCUCAAGCCACUGUCUCUGCCAAUCCAUACACACAAGCCAGCGCUGGCCGAGAGUCCAAUAAAUCGUUGGGCAGAUUCGCCUCUGUCAUCUGGCGUUUCACCUGGCAAUCCAUAUACCAGACUUAGCUUGAAUACAUUUGAUUAUAGAUCGCCAACCGAUAUCAUAGACAAUGAAAGAUCAUCACUACAUUACCCCAGGAGAUCAGGAAGCAUAGCAGAUGAUGCAUCGAGUAUUGCUAGCCAAUCUAGGGAUAGCUUCCACAUGCCUUCUCCAGAGUACGAAGAAGGUUUUCAUAUGGAAGAAACGGGUUUGAGACGAUUACAGAUAGGAGAAGAAUACCACGGCCGGAGUGAAGGAUACUCUCCAGGCUCUGCUACAGCCGGGCAAAAACGGCGCGCAUCUUCCCCUCCCAGGGAUGAUGGCCUGCAUCUGCGCACGGUGGGUAGUGCAAGUGAUCUUGCUCGACGUCUGGCUGCUAGUAGCGCAACCAGCUUGGGUUCAUACGUUAGGCUGUCUCAUGGAGGUCUCCCACCCGCGCCCAUGGAUAUCAACCCCGAUAUGUCUUAUAACGGUUCGAUAUCGCUAAACCCCAGCCCAAGAGGAUCGAUUUCGGCUAGAACUGCCCAUCACCGAGCUUUAUCUGAAAGCCGGCCUCUAACCAAUGCACGAAAGAUGCCAGAGGUCUUAGGCCACGUGAAACACAACAGUGCUCCUAGCAGACAAGGCGGUUUCAUUUGUGUAUGCUGCCCCAAAAAGCCCAAGAAAUUUGACACCCAGGAAGAACUCAACGCGCAUGAACAAGAAAAGCAAUACGAAUGCCUAUACUGCCCCAAUCGUUUCAAGAAUAAGAACGAGGCCGAGAGGCAUCAAAAUUCUUUGCAUCUUCGCCGUCAUUCCUGGUCGUGCGCUGCGCUGCAAGAUUGGGCGCAUGCUUUUCACCCUUCUCCUUCGCGUCCUAAUGAUGCGGAUACUUGUGGAUACUGUGGUGAAGAUUUCCUAAGGAGCGGUUUCACGAAUCAUGAGGGAUCGCCAAUACCUGCGGCGACAGGUGAGGACUGGGAAAUCAGGGGUGCCCAUCUGCAAGAUAUGCAUAAGUUUGGAGAAUGUAACCAUGCAAAGAAGUUUUUCCGCGCAGAUCAUUUUCGUCAGCAUUUGAAGCAUAGUCAUGCGGGGACAAGUGGAAAAUGGACGAACAUGCUUGAGAACGCUUGUAUGAUUGAUGAGCCACCUCCAGAGCCACUUAGGGGACCCGAAAGAGUCAGUCCUGGUGGAGUAAGAGUAGGCCGAAUCAACGAAGAAGACGAAAUACUAUAA